AUGGGUGAGAUUUCCAACAAGGCUGCAAAUGGUAUACUGUGGCCAACCUAUGUGGUAAUCCUUGUUUCUGCAUGCAUCGUGGCGUAUUGGUAUCGGGACUCAAAGACAUUUUUGUCUGCAAAUCGAACUCAAAAAGCCAUCCCGUUGGCGUUCAAUUUUCUGGCGUCGUCCGUGGGAGUGGGAGUGCUUUCAACUUUCCCCAAAAUCGCCAACGUGGAUGGAUUGCAAGGCCUGCUGGUUUACGCACUCUCGUGUGGCCUUCCCAUGUUUCUAUUUGCAUUUUUAGGCCCGCGAAUUCGCAAAAAAGUACCAGAUGGCUUUGUGCUCACAGAAUGGGUUUUCCAUCGCUACGGGUACGUUUGCGGUCUUUACAUGAGCUUGUGUACCAUUUUGACGCUAUUCUUGUUCACCGUUAGCGAAAUAGCGUCCUUGAAGUUCUGCAUAGAAACCUUGACUGGCCUCAAUGCCCUUCCCGUCAUUAUCGUGGAAUGCAUAGUCACAACGUUGUACACGUCUGUCGGUGGAUUUCGUAUCUCGUUCUUAACAGAUACUUUACAAGUAUCCAUAGUCUUCGUUCUCAUGAUAAUAGUAGCCAGUGCUAUGGGCAAGUAUAUCGAGAUCGAUGUCUCGAAAAUUGAGUCUUCUGGGCUGCUGAAGGGCAGCAAGCUUGGAUAUCAAUUGAUCUACAUUCUGGUGGUUGCCGUCUUCACCAAUGACUUCUUCAUGAGCGGCCUGUGGCUGCGUACGUUCGCAGCCAGAAACGACAAGGACCUGCUCAUCGGCUGUUCCAUAGCCUUCUUCCUCAUCACCGCGGUAUUGACGGUCAUUGGCGUCACUGGAUUUAUAGCCGUUUGGGCGGGACUCGUUGAAGUCCAUGACCCGGAAUUAUCAGACUCCUGUUUUUUUGUUCUUCUAGCGCAAAUGCCUUCCUGGGUGGUAGGUUUCGUCCUUGUGUUCGUGGCCGUGCUGUCUACAUGCACAAUCGAUACGCUACAAAGUGCUCUAGUCUCUUCCAUUUCGAACGACAUUUUCCGCAACAAGUUGCCAUUACGAUACGUUCGUGCCAUGGUCGCAGUCAUUAUGGUGCCAAUCGUGGUGGUUGGCCUCGUUGCGCAGGACAUUUUGAGCAUAUACCUAAUUGUUGAUCUUCUAUCAAGUGCUGUAGUUCCAGUACUAAUGCUCGGCCUGUUUAAAUUCUGCGACUUUAUGACAGCUUGGGAGGUGAUGGGCGGAGGCCUGGGUGGUGUAUUCUCGGUUUGGAUUUUUGGAUCCGUCUACUAUCACUCCGUCAAGGAGGGUGGUAAGCUUUUGCUGAUAUCAAAUGGUCUUUACAACAACGACUGGGGCGCUUUCGGCGCUUUUGUCGUGGCUCCGCUUGGUGGCAUUGUUUUUGCACUUGUCGUCUUCGCAAUAAGACAAGUGCUGAUCUACAUUCACCAUCGUUCGACGAGUGCAGCCAAAGCUUCUUCCAGAAGCGACGCUGAUGAGAGGGAUACGAUUUACGGUCCGAGAGCUAAAGGUAAUUAUACAAGCAUAACCACGGAUGUGACGCCAGAAACUUCGGCCUCGGAUAGCACGCGCAAGUAA